UUAUAAGGGACUUUUUAUUGCAAGCGAUCCCAUCCAGGACAGAUUUCAUCCAUUAAAUGUCAAACUGUUGUUGGUAGCAAGUGGAACUUUCGUCUCAUUUUUAGGAAAAUUGUAACAAACCAACACCUAAGGAUUAUUCCUGGAUUUGUAUAUUUUGGUCUAUUUUUCCCCUUUAAAUCGACUAUUGUUUUUGUGAACAGGCAGUAUAGUUUAUCAUCAUGAAGCUGACGGGGAUAUUUUUGUUACUGAUGCUUUGGAUCUGUGAUGGUGCCAGAAUAGCAGAGAGCGGUGAGGAUAAUAGCGUUUACGAUUUGUUUGAGCUGAUCCAAGUGCCCAAGAAAAAUCAUGGAGUGAACCAGGUGAAAGGAGACGACCCUUACAGCCCCGCCUACAAGAUCCUCAACCCGGACCUGAUCCCCCCGGUCCCCGAGCGCGCCCUCCGGGACCUGAUCGACUCCAUCCACGCCGAGAGGGGCUUCCUCUUGCUGCUCAACUUCAAGCAAGCCAAACGCACCCGGGGUAGCCUUUUGACCGUGGAGAAAAAGGACGGUUCCGGCCCGGUGUUUGAGAUCGUCUCCAAUGGAAAGGCGAACACUUUGGACAUUGUUUUUUCCACCGAGAAGAAGCAGCAUUUGGUCUCCAUUGAAGAUGCGGAUCUGGCCACGGGAUACUGGAAGAACAUCACGCUGUUCGUGCAGGAGGACCGGGCCCAGUUGUAUGCAGGAUGCGAGGAGGUCAACAGCGCCGAGCUGGACGCGCCGAUCCAAAGCAUCCUGACCCAGGAGACGCCUGCCAGUGCGCAGCUUAGAAUCGGGAAAGGAGCCGUGAAGGACAGGUUCAUGGGGGUCCUUCAAAACGUACGCUUUGUUUUUGGAACAAGUUUGGAUGCCAUCCUGCGCAACAAAGGAUGUCAGAACUCACCAGAUUCAAUGAUCAUGGAGAAUCUUAAUGGCUCCUCAGCCAUCCGGACAGAGUACACUGGUCAUAAAACUAAAGAUCUUCAGAUGGUCUGUGGCUUCUCCUGCGAGGACCUUGUCAGCAUGUUCAAGGAGCUCAAGGGUCUCGGUGUUGUGGUCAAGGAACUGUCCAUUGAGCUCCGAAAGCUGACGAACGAAAAUAAGCUGAUCAAGACUCGUAUCGGGAUCCACGGUGGUGUUUGCAUCCACAAUGGCAUCGUACACAAGAACAGAGACGAGUGGACCGUUGAUGACUGUACCGAGUGCACUUGUCAGAAUUCUGCAACAGUGUGUCGCAAGAUCUCCUGUCCGCUGAUUCCCUGUGCAAACGCAACUGUACCAGACGGGGAGUGUUGCCCGCGCUGUGGAACACCGAGCGACUAUGCAGAGGACGGCUGGUCUCCGUGGUCUGAAUGGACCCAUUGUUCCGUGUCAUGUGGGCGGGGCAUCCAGCAGCGUGGACGCUCUUGCGACCGCAUCAAUAACAACUGCGAGGGCACCUCUGUGCAAACCCGUGACUGUUAUCUCCAGGAGUGCGACAAGCGCUUCAAGCAGGAUGGCAGCUGGAGCUAUUGGUCACCGUGGUCUUCAUGUUCGGUUACCUGCGGAGCCGGCGUCAUCACUAGAAUCCGUCUUUGCAAUUCCCCAACACCCCAGCUUGGAGGCAAAGACUGUGUGGGAGAAGGUCGCCAAACAGAAAAAUGUCAAAAGUCUCCAUGCCCCAUCAAUGGCAACUGGGGACCCUGGUCACCGUGGGAUACAUGCACUGUUACAUGUGGAGGCGGUGUUCAAACUCGUAAACGCCUGUGCAAUGACCCUGCACCAAAAUACAAUGGUAAAGAGUGUGUUGGUGAGGGCAAAGAAACACAGAUGUGCAACAAGAAAACAUGUCCUAUUGACGGCUGCCUAUCAAACCCUUGUUUCGCUGGGGUCAAGUGUACCAGUUUUCCCGAUGGUUCCUGGAAGUGCGGAAAGUGCCCUGUUGGUUAUACUGGUAAUGGCAUCAAAUGUAAAGACCUGGAUGAGUGCAAAGAGGUCCCAGAUGCUUGCUUCGAGUUUAAUGGUGUUCAUCGCUGUGAGAACACAGAUCCUGGCUACAACUGUCUUCCUUGCCCACCUCGUUAUUCAGGACCUCAACCGUUUGGUAAAGGUGUGGAGCAGGCUGCUGCUACAAAACAGGUGUGCUCACCCCGAAAUCCUUGCCUGGAUGGAAGCCAUAACUGCAAUAAGCACGCACGCUGUAACUACCUUGGCCAUUUUUCGGAACCCAUGUUCCGAUGUGAGUGUAAGCCAGGAUAUGCCGGUAAUGGACACAUCUGUGGAGAGGACACUGAUCUGGAUGGCUGGCCCAAUGCUGACUUGGUUUGCGUAGAGAAUGCCACCUACCACUGCAAAAAAGACAACUGCCCCAAUCUCCCCAACUCUGGACAAGAAGAUUAUGAUAAGGACGGCAUCGGAGAUGCUUGUGACAUCGAUGAUGACAAUGAUGGCAUUCCUGAUGACAGAGACAACUGUCCGUUUAUCUUCAACCCCAGGCAGUACGACUAUGACCGCGAUGACGUAGGCGAUCGCUGUGACAACUGCCCUUAUAAUAGCAACCCUGACCAAACAGACACGGACAACAAUGGAGAGGGAGAUGCCUGCGCUGUGGACAUAGACGGAGAUGGCAUACUAAAUGAGAAGGACAACUGUCCCUACGUGUACAAUGUGGACCAAAGAGACACAGAUUUGGACGGGGUGGGAGACAUGUGUGAUAACUGCCCUCUGGAACAUAAUCCAGAUCAGGUGGAUUCAGAUGAUGAUCGUGUUGGAGACAAGUGUGACAGCAAUCAGGAUAUUGAUGAAGAUGGACACCAGAACAACCUGGACAACUGCCCUUACAUCCCUAAUGCCAAUCAGGCUGAUCACGACAAGGACGGCAAAGGAGAUGCAUGUGACCACGAUGAUGACAAUGACGGCAUCCCAGAUGAAAAGGACAAUUGCAGACUCGCACAUAAUCCUGACCAAAUUGACUCUGAUGGUGAUGGUCGUGGAGACGCAUGCAAAGAUGACUUUGACCAAGACAAUGUACCUGACAUUUAUGAUGUGUGUCCUGAGAACUUCGACAUUAGCGAGACAGACUUCCGGAAAUUCCAAAUGGUUCCUCUAGACCCGAAAGGAACUUCCCAGAUUGAUCCAAACUGGGUGGUUCGUCACCAGGGUAAAGAGCUCGUUCAAACCGUCAACUGUGACCCUGGAAUUGCCGUUGGAUACCAUGAGUUUAAUUCCGUUGACUUCAGUGGUACCUUCUUCAUCAACACCGAGAGGGAUGACGACUAUGCCGGCUUUGUAUUUGGUUACCAAUCGAGCUCCAGGUUCUAUGUGGUGAUGUGGAAGCAGAUCACACAAACCUACUGGUCUAACAAACCCACAAAAGCCCAGGGCUACUCUGGCCUGUCGAUCAAAGUGGUAAAUUCCACAACUGGCCCGGGAGAACACCUCAGGAAUGCCCUGUGGCAUACCGGGAAUACUGCAGGACAGGUCCGCACUCUUUGGCAUGACCCUAAGAAUGUCGGAUGGAAAGAUUACACUGCGUACAGAUGGCAUCUGAUCCACAGACCAAGAACAGGGCUUAUCAGAGUUGUGAUGUACGAAGGAAAGAAGAUCAUGGCAGAUUCUGGUAGCAUCUAUGACAAAACAUAUGCAGGAGGCAGGCUAGGUCUUUUCGUCUUCUCCCAGGAGAUGGUUUACUUCUCAGACCUCAAAUAUGAGUGCAGAGAUGCAUAAAUGCACAAAGCUGGCUGUUCUGAGGAAUGCACCUUUUAGUAGUAUGAACCUUUUUUUAUUCUCUUCUAAAAGUCCAGGGACCGAUUUAUCUCCGCAACGCUUUCUUGUGCAGUGCGUACAAUCGUAGAGACUGAAGGGCAUGUGGGCGGCCUUGGGGUAAUGUGAAGCCGGUUUGGGCUGAGCACCAAACGGCUGAGUGCCGUCUGAGGAUCAGAGACUCCCUUCUCCUCCACCCUUCCACAAGAGCGGGGAAAGCUGGCGAGAAAAAGGAAAAUAUUCCCUCCCUCCCACCUUUGCCUGUAGGACACCAGCACCUUUCUGUCCCAGCUCUCCUUGCUUUCUUACUCUCUGAAAGACCUCAUUCAUCUCUGUGCGGGCAGGGCUCCCCAUAGACAACUAUGCACUUCCAAACUUUUUACAUCCUCUUCUCAGCUUUGUCUCUUCAGCCUGUGUGCCUUUCGAGCUCACUUUCCACAUCCUUUUACGCUCUGGAUAGAUAUUCCAAAGAAAAGACUGAGUAAAUAUUCCAUUUACUUUAACAGGUUGCACAUUUUGAAAGAUACAAUUCUUGAGGACUCAAAGGAUGAUGGCAGCAAUAACAUUUUAGGAAUCUUCAUUGUUGAGGACGUAUGACUGAGGAAAACUUAGAAGUAGGGCGAACAUAAUGUUAUGGAUGUUAGUGUUCAUGUUUGUGCUUGGAAAACUGGCCGUGGAUGGAAAAUGAAAGUACUUCAUCUACCUAAGACUACAUGAAGACAAAACCCAAGAAAAGGAGAAAUGCUAUCCAAAAGUCAAUGUAGUUCAUAAUGCAAAAUGGAACCGUGUUCGUCUUGUAUUGAUCUUAGUCCUGAAUUUGUUAAGAAUUCUCAGGUAAAACGAGCGUCUUUGAAAAUCACUACAUACAUUCCCUCCACCAUGCCACGCCCAAGGCUUAUAACCUUCAUCUUUUGAGUUUUGAAUUAGGUAUUAUGUAAAUACAUAUAAUUUAUUGACUCUUGCCUACAAUGUAGGCAGCAAAGAAAUUUGAAUACUUUGAAAAAGUACAACAAUAAUCUGAAUAAACAAUGAGAACAAAAUGAGGAGUCAUCAGGUUUUAGAAACUGGAUGUGUUGCUCUUAUCAAUUCCCUACUUGCAACUCCCAAACAAUUUAGUUUUGUUUCUGAUAACAGAACUACUUGGCACUUGUGUCCUUUUGGAAAGAUGUUAAACUAAAUAAAUGAUGUACAAAUAUUACCUCAUUACUGUUGAUCAACGCAAACACGUGCAUAUAAUUUUACGUUGAAAAGACCAUAGUAUUAGUGGAGCAUGGGUUGUAGAUAAAAUGGCAUUUCAUUUCAAUACAACCAGUUUUGAAAACUACCACAGUGAGAAUGACAGAAAUAUGGGAGACUUUUUGCUUUAUCGUAUAUGUCCAAUGCUGUUUUUAGCAGAUAAAUUAUUUUUUUCCAUUUUGUUUUUAGUAGUUUGUGAGAGGUCAAUUUGAGUGCGUGUGUAGAUAAAUGCUAUUUAAAUAAUUUAUCAGGAUUUGUUGCCAUACUAAAAGGCACGUCUCCGUCUGUAUAAACGGUUUGCACACUAAUGUGAGGAUGUUGUAUUCUUUAUCAUUUUUACUUUUGAGGAGGCCGGGGGUGGGGUUUUGUGUAUCAAUAUUAUCAUUAUUUUUGUACAAUUAGUUUUGCUUGUCUGUAAACAUGUUCUUUAGUUGUACAAAUGCUAAAAUGCUGUUUUUAUUCAUAGUGAUUUGUAACAUAU